CCCUCUUCAGCCUGCCUUUUGCCACAAGCAGUCCAGGCCUCUGCUGGAGACACUCAGCAGCCUAAGCCAGCGACCGCAUCCAGAUGGCAACAAUGAACGAGAACCCAUGGGUCACCAUGUACUCGGGGCCAAACCCAGCGGCCGACCCCAGGAGGAUGAGGAGGAUCAUCGCCGAGGAUCGCAGCUGGUCCCUUGCCACAGCACAGCGGCUCACCGACCUCUGUGUCGACCACAUUGUGAAGAACUUUGCUGUGCACCCGCUGCUGAAGACGCUGCCGGAAGAGUACAAGAGCAAGGUGCUGGCCAAGAUCUCCACCAACAUCCCCCUGCAGGUGACGGCCAACCUGGUCAGCGACGAGGGCUACUGGCGGAGGUGCUGCCUGGAGUGCUGGCAGGUGUGCGACAUCUCCCGCUACGGGGGUAGCUGGAAGCGGAUGUUCUUCGAGCGGCUGCUGAAGAAUGUCAUCGAGUACUUUGUGCCCGACACCACUGAGUUGAAGGUGGUCUUCCAGUUGAUCCCUCUGUGCAGGAACUACGUGAAGAGGCUGGAAAUCAGUCAGCUGCUGCCGCCCGUCAAGCAGACCGCCGAGCGGCUGGACGACGAUGGGUCAGACACAGGCAGCGACAGCGACGGCCCCUCGAUGAACCACUUUGACUUCAGCUUGUUACUGAGCAAGCUGCUGAUCCUGGAGGAGCUGGCAGUCACCUACGGCGUGAAGGACUGCGGGAUGAACUUCCAGUGGAACAUAUUCCAGUUCACUUACCAAGACUGUUUCUCCUUGGCCAAGGCCAUCCACGCCUGCAAGAGCCUGCGGGUUCUCCGGCUGCCCCGCAACAGGAUCGAUGAUGAUCGGGUGCGGGUGCUGAUCAAGUACAUGCUCAACCACCCGUCGCUCGUCGAGCUGGACCUGUCCCACAACCUGAUAGGAGACAACGGGGCCAAGGCCUUGGCCAAGCUCCUGCUCAAGUCCAAACUGGAGGUGGUCAACCUGUGCGACAAUCGGAUCGGACCCUUCGGGGCCAAAGCCAUCUCCUACAAGGUGCGGCGCUACUCCACCCUGCUCUCCAUCAACAUGCGCCUCAACAAAAUUACCGACGAGGGUGGGGAAGCCCUGGCCCGAGCCCUGGUGAAGUCCUCGGUGGAAGACAUCAACUUGGGCAGCAACGAGCUGUCGACACACGUGGCUGUGAUCAUCUCCGAGGUCCUGAUGAGGAAUCAGACCCUCAAGUCCAUCAACAUGUCCUGCAAUAACAUCGGCCAGGAGGGUGGCAAGCAGCUGCUGGAGGGCAUGUCCAAGAACAAGACCCUGCUGGAGUGUGACCUGCGGCUGACCGACAUUGGUCAGGAGAGCGAGUUCGCCAUCAACCAAAUCCUGUACACCAACCGCGAGCGGAUCUGCAACGCCGUCUGUCACCCAGCCAAGCCCAAAGGCCUCCCACGCGUGGUGUCCGACCACUACUUAGCAUCUGACUGAGGCCCCGUGCCCAUCGAUGCUGCCUCUCCCCUUGGGCCGAGCCGGGCCCAUCCCAUCACCUUCAGUCACGCCCACAAAGUAUUCAGUGUGAAACCGGGAACUGUGACCCAAACCCACUCAACUAUUUUUAUACUGUGUUGUUGAAUAAAUAUAUUGUUACAAGGUC